AUGGUGAAACAUAGGAAGACUGUGCAGUACAAACAUGCUAACAAUGAAUCUAGCAGUAGUUCAGGAGCCAGUGAUUCUUCUAUCGCUGGUCGAGCGUUCCACUUGUUAUCAGUAUGGAAAACUGGUGCCGGUUUCAUAUGUCUUGUGAUAGCUGUAUACGUGGGCACCCUGGGUUACUUGGAGACCAGAGUCAAUACUCCGCUUGAUGAAGAAAAGGUGGUUCAAGAAACAGGUCUUUCAGUCCCAGAACGUUACUGGGGUACUUAUAGGCCUGGGGUAUACUUCGGAAUGAAGUGCCGGGAACCCCGUUCUCCAGUUUUCGGAAUGAUGUGGUAUGAACUCGCAGCGGCAGCCCAUAAAGGGAUUAGACAUUUAUGCGAGCAGAAUGACAACCUGCCAACUUAUGGCUGGCUUCGUCAUGAUGGUGUGAAUUUCGGUGAACAACUUAUAUCUGAUCCGCCUCAUCACAUACAGACAUCAUUCAUAAAGACUCCGGGGGGCGAGCAUGGUGGACAUUGGACGGCAAGGAUUAAUAUUACAGCUACGGGUAAAUCCGCUCCGCCGUUAGUUUUAAUCUGGUACGCAGCCCUGGAUGAGUCUCUUGGCUCGGGAGAUCAUUCAAGAUUGUGGACGGAGCGUGGAACAUUGAUGGGGCACACCCCAGCUUUGGGGAGAUUCAGAGUACAUUUGGUACCGCAUUCUGGUAUACUCAUCCAUUCUUCCCUUUCGGAGGCUCAUUCGUCUGGUCUUCAUCUUCUUAAGGAGAAAUUCUACUCACUCCUGAGGAUAGAAGACCAACCGUACCUUGGAAGGCUGGCUGUACUGGGCCCGAAUGAAGAGAUAGCUGAUUCGGACAAGCAGGUGAACUUCGUGCCUAUCCAGAUGUUGGUUGAGACUCCGUUUGUUCUGGACGUGGUGUACACCACUGAAGACCUGCCGACACCACCUGUCCGUGGAGAAGAAUACACAAAGACUAUGGAGAAGAUGAAGAAGGGAUAUGAUGAAGAAUUCGAGAGGAUCUUCAAGCUGGAGAAGAAGGGGUACAGCGCUGAGAAUAUAUCUAUAGCAAAGGCCGCGUUGUCCAACAUGGUGGGAGGUAUGGGAUAUUUCUACGGGGCGAGCAGGGUGCAGUCACAGUACACGAGGGAGCCUGUCCCUUACUGGAGGGCCGCUCUACAUACGGCUGUACCUAGCAGAUCGUUCUUCCCUCGAGGUUUCCUAUGGGAUGAGGGUUUCCACCUCCUCCUGGUGUCUCGCUGGUCGGCUGACCUCGCCCUGGACGUGGCCGGUCACUGGCUUGACCUCAUCAACGUGGAGGGAUGGAUACCUAGGGAACAGAUACUUGGUGCCGAAGCGUUGGCUAGAGUGCCGAAGGAGUUCGUGGUGCAGCAUAAUUCUGCUGCAAACCCUCCGAUGCUGCUGCUGUCUCUGGCGCGCCUGGUGAGGUCCCGACCGCAGCUGUUCACUGAGACGCCCUACAGACAGACCUUGGACAGAAUGUUCCCUAGACUGCAGGCGUGGUACCAAUGGUUCCAAACUACACAGAAAGGAGACGAGCCCACCACGUACAGGUGGCGCGGCCGAGAGGAUGACGGGCUACAACUUAACCCGAAGACAUUGACAUCUGGACUCGAUGAUUACCCCAGGGCUUCUCACCCAAGCAGUAUCGAGCGUCACGUGGAUCUUCGCUGUUGGAUGUAUGCGGCCGCGGAUGCUAUGGCGGUGAUAGCGCGCGCUUUGGAUCGGGAUACUGAUAAGUUUGAGGACAUGAAGGAACAGCUUGGUAACGAAGACCUGCUGAAUGAGUUACACUUGUCCCCACACACACAGACAUACGCUGACUACGGUGUCCACACAGACGGCGUGAGGUUCGUCCGCCAACAGGGUCGGGAGCCGCACGAGGGGUCGAGGGUAGUGAGGAGCGUCACUAUAGCGCCGCAACCCCGAUUGGUGACGUCAGCAUUCGGAUACGUGUCUCUAUUCCCGAUGCUGAUGAAAGUUCUCAAGCCUGAGAGUGACAAGUUGGGGAAUAUUCUGGAAAUGUUGGACAAACCGGAUUUGUUGUGGUCUCCGUAUGGACUGAGAUCUUUGUCCAAGCUGUCUCCAUUAUAUAUGAAGAGGAACACAGAGCAUGACCCACCAUACUGGCGCGGUCAAGUGUGGAUUAACAUCAACUACUUGGCCAUAUCAGCGCUUCAUCAUUACUCAGUCUCCGGGGGACCUCAUGCUGAGAGGGCGAAGUCCCUGCACCAAAAACUCAGAGAUAAUGUAGUCAGUAAUAUACUAUCUGAAUACAAGAGAACCGGUUAUUUGUGGGAGCAGUACUCCGGAGAAGAUGGCAAGGGGAGUGGUUGUAGACCAUUCACUGGGUGGACGGCUUUGGUUGUGUUGCUGAUGGCUGAUGAGUACUAG